AAUGAUAACUAUCAUACAUAUGGUACAUCCCCAAAGUUUUAGCUAUCCCCCUAUUUCUGCUUUUUUGAUGAAAUAGUCAAAAAAUCUAUUUUUCAAUAUGUGAAUCUACUUAAGAAAAGGCUGGUUAUUGGUUUUUGGGCACCUUCAAUAGUAAAUUCAUGGAAAACUAAAGAGAUAUUUCAGAUCAUUGUUAUUCUUUUAAGGGAAUAGUGAUUUUGUAUGAAAUAGCUAUUUUGGAAUAAACUCAAUCAGAAUAAUAUACUGGAAAAGGAUAAUGGAAUCAUCUAGAUAUGUUAGAGGUUUGGUAUGGUGAAAUGUAAACUCAUGAAUCUUUAUGGGCAAUUUAAAAGGCUCCCCUACUUAUUACUUAUUGGUUUUGAUAUAACAAACAUGAGUCAACAUACGAGAAGGAUCUUAAUAAAUCUAAAGGUUAUUGUUGUUAAUUAAGUAAUAAAAUUAAAUAUUUUUAAUAGGAUAAUUUAAGUAUAAGCCAGUAGAGUUAAGAAAGUCUUUACAAAUAAAUUAAGAGCUGCUAAAGUAACUAUGUUCUUAGAGUAUUUGAAAGUAUGUUUUAUCAAGCUUCGUUUACAGAAUCUUUAGAAUAGAAUUUCAUAAAUUAGGAAUCAAUGGAAUUCAGAGUGUGAGAGAUAUCAUUUAUUAAGAUAAUUUGGC